AUGGGGGAGUUCGAGGUGCACCGCGUGCGGUUCUUCGGGCUGGUGCCGGCCGGGGUGCGCUGCUUGGCCUACCAGCCCCGCGGCGGCCGCCUGGCGCUGGCCCGCACCGACAGCGCCGUCGAGAUCUACAACUUCGGUGCCAACUACUUUCAGGAGAAGGUGAUCCCCGGACAUGAGACCCGAUCGGUGGAAGUGCUGUGCUGGGCGGCAGGAGACCGUCUGUUCGGUGCUGGCCUUAGCGGGGACAUCACUGAGUACGACCUGGCCCGGCUGUGUGUGGCACACUCUGUUGACGGCUGUGGGGGACCCAUCUGGAGCAUGGCAGCUAAUGGCAGUGGCACCCAGCUGGCAAUUGGCUGUGAGGAUGGCUCCAUUAAGCUCUUCCAAGUUGUUCCUGAUGGCAUCCAGUUCGAGCGGAACCUGGACAGGCGGAAAGGACGCAUCCUGUGCCUAUCCUGGCACCCAUCGGGCUCUCACAUAGCAGCUGGCUCCAUCGACAUCCUCCGUGUGUUUGAUGUCUCUUCAGGCCUAACAGUGCAGACGAUCAUGGUGAACUACCGUGUGCAGAAGGUGAAGCGUGAGUGCAUUGUGUGGAGCAUUGCCUUCCUCUCCAGUGGCACCAUCAUCACCUCAGAUUCCUUCGGGAGGGUGCAGUUCUGGGACUGGGAGCAAGGGACGCUGCAGGACUCCCACACUGUUAGCACCUCGGCUGCCCUCUCACUGGCCGUGUCAGAGAAUGAGGACAGCAUGAUCGUGGGCACCUCCACUGGUGCCACCUACCAGUUCCAGCUGCUGCCAGUGAAGAUAGACAGCCAGGAGAAGCGCUGGGUGCGGACAAAGCCCUUCCAGUAUCACACUCAUGACGUGCGAGCCGUAGCUCACAGCUCCACAGCUCUCAUCUCUGGAGGCCUGGAUGCCCAGCUGGUGAUCCGCCCCCUGAUGGAGAAGAUUAACAAGAAGAGCUAUGACGUAGCCCUCCGCAAAUUCACCUUCCCACAUCGACGCCUUGUCUCCUGUGCCAGGAAAGCCCAGCUGCUUCUCUUCCAGUUCUCCCAGCACCUGGAGCUCUGGAGGCUUGGCUCCACUGAGGAGACUGGAAAGGAUGGCGAGGUCCUCCCCUUGAGCCGCAUGCCUGAGCAUCUUGUGCAGCUCAAGAGCAAGGGUCCAGAGCACAUCUACUGCAGCUGUGUCUCACCUUGUGGCACCUGGGUUGCCUACUCCACAGCCUCCCGCUUCCACCUCUGCCGAGUGCAGUGUGAGGGCAACAGCAUCAGCAUUAAGAAGGUCCCUAAAGUGCCCAAGCUGCUGCUCCCAGCCUACCAGCUCCAGUUCUCCUCCGACUCUCACAGGCUUUUCAUCGCCUCUGCUCGAGGCUCUGUCCACGUCCUGCAACUGCUGGAGCCAGGGGACUGCAAGCAUCUGCACACGCUUCAGCCGCCCUCAGGGUCCUCCGAGGCUGUCUACCUGCUGGCAUCAAGCACAGAUGGGCUCUGGCUGGCUGCAGUUGGUGGGGACUGGGUGAUCCAUGUCUACAACUUGAAGUUCUUCAAGUAUCACUGCACAGUGCCCAUGUACAACUGCGCUGUGACGGCCCUCGCCAUCCAUCCUCUCAUCAACACCCUGGUUAUUGCCUACUCAGACCAGCAGCUGUUUGAGUUCAGCAUCCUCAAGAAGAAAUACACAUCCUGGAGCCGCAUGGUGCAGCACCGCGGGCUACACAAGUCCUGGCUGGAGAGAGAUACGCCCAUCACCCACAUCACCUUCAACCCCAAGAAACCCUCACACAUCCUGCUCCACGACCUCUACAUGUUCUGUGUCCUCGACAAGUCCCUGGUGAGCCCCCGUCCCCUGCCAAAAAAUAGUACCCUCCUCAUGAACCAGACCACGCUGAAGCAGCUCCCAGAGACUGCCCGGAAGCAGGAGCUCCAUGCCUUCAAGAUCUGCAAGAAGUUCCAGCCCCUGCUCUUUGUGGAUCUGUUGGAUGAGAAGUGCCUGGUGGUGGUGGAACGGCCCAUCAUGGACUUCAAGACACAGUUGCCCCUGCCCAUCCAACAGAAGAAAUUUGGUACCUGAGAGCAGAAGGAGCUGCUCCAGCUGCAGGAACCAUGUGUAUGUGGAUUUCCUCAGGAGCUGUAGGAAUAAACCCACCGUUCUGCGUGGC